CCACUUUCUGCUGCCAAAAUUAUCUCCGCCACCAGAUGUACAACCACUGUACAAUACACAUUUUUUUCCCACUGGUAUCCAUACAAAUUUCAACUAUAUAAAGUGCUACUGACUAAACAAAUGGAAAUGAUUUACAUUAUCGAUGCUGUUUACAACGUCAAGGAUAAAAUAAAAUUGUUAUUGUGGGAUGAAUUAAUAGAUAUGAAUGUGACGGUGCGGCUGCGGUGGUUGGCUCCGCCUCCAGGAGCAGCGCAGACCAAUGAACGCAGCGUUGACUCAGCUUGCUUCGCUAUACGCUUACACCAGUCGCUGCGCCCGCCCAGGUUUUCCAUUGUUCGCCCACCAAGGCUUUUACAUCCCUUUGUUCAAUUAUAAACUCGCCUUUACUGGGGAAAGAAUCGCUUAAGGGGAUCUGGUAUUCAUCGGCGUGCUGUUAAGCGUACUGUGAAAGGCACUGUCUAGCAGUCGGCCAUAUUUGUCUUGGCCGUUUGUUGGUGCACAGCUUCUUGUGUUGAGUGCUGAGCCAGGCCUCCCAAGCUACCAGUCAACCAUACUCACUCGCCUCUUGACCACAGUGAUCUUCAACCUUUGAUUUUAGUCCAUAAUAACAUCGCCUGACGUUGCCUUAAACCGAAACUUGAAACAGCAGCUUAUCUCCUCCCUCAAAUGACAGCUUGAGGGAGGUGUAGCGCAAUAAUAAACGCCUCGUGAGUGAUUUAAACCGCCAUUGCGAGUGAGGAUUGGUGGUUCAGAAAUCCCACCUGAGAAACCUCCAUGCGUGCACCCCUGCCCCCUGGUGAGCGCGGUCAGAACUAUCCUGCCCGCCAAAACUACCCUGCCCGCCUAAAUACCACCUUUACCCGCCAAAUCAGCCAACCUGCCCGCCAAAACGGCAAAAAUACUCGCCAAUAUGACCAGCUAUGGUUACUCGUCCCAACAGGAUCAAUGGAAGGAAAAUAACAACAACAGCACCGCUUCCAUUGGCAACAUGUCGGCUUUCUGUACAAGCUCAGGGACAGUGCCGGCCUCCCUGAGGGACCUGUACUCCCGCAGCAGUAGUAUAACUACCUCGUCGUCACCUGCCGCUGCCUCGCCUCUCGACCUCACCCGCUACUCCCUGCCCUCCCUCAGGCAGUACGAACUGGCUCAACAGAUGGUCUCCCAGCAGGGCGCGGUCAGCAAGCUCCUGGGGUCGCUACGACCGCCGGGUAUGAUCGGAGGUUCGAAGCCGAAAGUAGCCACUCCUCAGGUGGUAAACAAGAUCGAGCAGUACAAGCGUGAGAACCCGACCAUCUUCGCCUGGGAGAUCCGAGAGAAACUCAUCUCUGAGAGCGUGUGUACCAACUCCACCGCUCCUUCCGUCUCCUCCAUUAACAGGAUCCUCAGGAACCGCGCGGCGGAGAGAGCAGCAGCAGACUUCGCUCGCGCCGCCGGCUACGGCCUCUACAACCCCUACGCCUUUCCCUGGGCUAACCCUGCCCUCCUAUCCCCUCUAGCUGCCUCCCUACCCCUCCACGCCGCCGCUGCCGCAGAGCAGGCUGCUCACAACGCCGCCGUCAGCGCUGCUGCUGCCGCCAAGGACUCCCCGUCAGCCACCAGCAACCAUUCUGACGGUGAAGGAUCGCCCUUGCACAAGCACUCACAAGCGUCAUUAGCGCCCUCUGAGCUGGGUUCUCCGUCGCACCUGUCUAGCGAGGUCCGGUUCCGUCGCAACCGCACCACCUUCAGCUCAGACCAGCUCGAAGAGCUGGAGAAGGAGUUCGAGAAGACACACUACCCAGAUCUGCCCACUAGAGAACGUCUGGCUGAGAAAACACUACUGUCUGAGGCAAGGGUCCAGGUGUGGUUUUCCAACAGACGGGCGAAGUGGAGACGUCAUCAGCAGCUGAGCGUCCUCCGCCCUUACUCCGACGACCCUCUGCCUCAUUCUCCCAGGACGACCUCUCCUUACUCCGAGGCCCUCUCCAGCCCGGACAUGCCACACUCUCCCUCUCCACCACCCCCACCGCCCUCCUCCACCAUCACUACUCUCCCUACCACAGCUUCCACCACCACUACCACCGCAGCAGCAACAGCAGCUUCCAACACAGCAGAAGGUACCACCCGUGGCGUCCCGUUGGAGGGGCGGCCAUCGCCACCCAGGGCGGCCUCGACCUCUCCUCUUCGACUACCUUCUCCCCAUCGCCAACAUCCGCCUUUACCCGUAUCUGCCGCCGCCCUCAACCUCUGCACCCACCACCCCCACCACCACCACCCUCUCGCACACUUCCAGCAGAGCCCGCCCACGAACCCGAGCAUCAGGAUGACAAGCCGCCCACCUCCCCCGCCCCUGCUACCCGCCAGCCUGCUCUCACUGCCGCAGUACCCGGGCUUUACCCUCGGGCGUGACCUCACACUCACGCCCAUUAACCUCUCUAACGCCCAAGCCCACGCCCGGGAGAUGAUGGCUGCACAAGCUAGAAGCUUCCUCAAGUCUGCCAGCCAAGCUGUUGGCUUCAGGAGCUGUCGAGGUGACGUCGAUAGUGAUAUUGAUGUUGACCUCGUGCAUAAGAAACCCGAGGAAGAGGAAGAGGAGGAAGGGGAUGAGGAGGAGGAGGACAAACAGGAAGAAGUUGAAGAAGCACAAGACCUCAGCGUCAAGAGAAGGAGAAUAGAUACAGACGAAGAGGACAAAGAAGAAAAGAAGGAAGAAGUUAAACAAGACACAGAUAAAGACGAGAGCAUGGAUGCUGUUUAACUUAAUCCAAUCUGUACAGAAGCAUCAGAUAUGUGAGUAUGACGCACCAGGAACUAGUGCCAUUUACAACCAAGGCUGGACCAUACGUGCCUCACAGCCAGAGUGCCACAGACAAGCAAGGUUGGGUCACACGUGUGUCAUAGUUAAUGCCACAGACAACCAAGACUUAGCCACACUUGUCUUACAAUUAUAGUGCCACAGACACCAAGGCUGAGCCACACUUGUCUUACAAUUAUAGUACCGCAGACAACUAAGGCUGAGCCACACAGGUGUCACAACUAGAGUGCCACAGACAACCAAGGCUGAGCCACACAGGUGUCACAACUAGAGUGCCACAGACAACCAAGGCUGAGCCACACAGGUGUCACAACAAUAACAUUCCAGACACGUCCUGGUAAUUCUCUUGGCUACUCCACCUACAAACACUUUAAUCUUCCCAAAAUCUUCAGUAUGAUUUUAGUUUUAAUUUAUUUUACAUGAUAAAUAUCCUCAUACACACAGAAAUAAUUUCAACUUAUGUCACAAAUGCCGUAAGAAUACUUAGAGUGAAUUACAUUUUCACACACACACACACACACACACACACACACACACACACACACACACACACACACACACACACACACACACACCAGUGUUGGAAGUUGUUGAGAUGACAUUCUAAUUUUGAUCUCGAUGUGAGAACGGCUGGUAACCUUACUAGACAGCAUCACUUUUAGCUACCACAGUGUGAUGGAUCACCGACUGGAGGUUCACCUCUAACGCUCAAUAUAUCGUAUAACACACUAUAGUAUGACACUAUUAAUGCCGGAUAGCAACAUUAAUGACGGUAACAACAGAGGGAAGGUCGUUCCUCUCGCUGUUGGACUUUUCCAUUCUUGUACUGAUACUCACCUCGCAGACUUCAAAUAAUGAGACUGUGAAUAGUCAAUCGACCAUUUCUUCAGAUACUCAUAGGACGGUUACAACCCGAUCUUUUCAUCCAUUCUUAACACCUUCAUCAUUCAUGAAAUCUCUGCCUAACCUGUAUUACCUUCACCUAGAUACCUGCUGGGUUCCUAUUUACCAUAUAUAUGGGACAAGCUCUCUCGCAUUUUAAUUAGGUAUUGCUGAGAUAUAUAGGUUAGUGAUGAAAGUGGAGUAUUAAGAAUAAUAGAGGUAAACACAAGGAAUUAAGAAUAGCAAUAUUUACUAUAUAUAAAUAAAAGAAUACAAAUUUUAGUUCAAAUCUUUGCAUUCCAGUUAGUCUAUUAUUAAAUGUAUAGUGACAAAGUUGGUAAUAUCACAAGAGUGGGCGGGGAUGAUACGAAGCAAUGUUAAGAUAAUGUAUUCAUAGGACAUAGGUAAUACUGCAUGGAUGUUCUUGGAGACACACACAUACAUACACACACACACACACACACACACACACACACACACACACACUUGUAAUCUACACCCACCAAAUCAACCUAGUGAGGCCCUCACCUCUAACUCUAGGUUAACAUCUACUAGCUAUUAUACCGCCCCCCCCAAUAUUCUAUAUUUAUGACCAAGGCGGAAAUUAGGAUUAAUUGGUCUCCAUAUUAUGUUCACAGAGGCUGGAGUUCUCUGACAGAGCUACAGGAUGUGGGGAAUAGCACUAAAUUCCAACCUUCACAAGCAGAAACUGGAAUUACAAACAUGACAGAGACAACAGACACAAGAUAUCACAUCUUCUCUUCUCCCACUUUUAAAAUAGCUGGGAAUUAGGAAAAUCUAAAAUAAGUUCCCAGACUAUUUUAUUCUAACUCUUAAAUCUAUCUCAAAACUUACAGUAUAUACAAACAUAACACAUUACAUCACGAUAAUCAUUUCCAUUUCUAGUACCCAAAUUCAUGCACAGUUUCAGACUGGUAUACCUCCCACUAACAUUCCUAGAGAGUUCCAUCCUAGGUGGCCUAGGCUCCACAGUCAAUCCAGCCUAGGUGCUCGAUUGAACUAACAACCUCCCUAGGGCACUUCAUUCUUUCUAUAUCUCUUGUUCAAUCCCCGGUCACUCUCACAAUUCACAGAAUACUCACAGAGUACUCAAAAAAACCUCCUAGCCUCUCAGCUUCUCAUAACACAAAGCUCUGUUCUCACAUUGAUUUUCACAACGAGUGUAACUGAGUUUAGCAGUGAAUUUAGCAGCGAGUUCUUGAUCAAUACAUUACCUAACGAAUAACAAUGCCUUCGUAGUGUUGUGUUAAUUAAAUAAAAUUAUUUACAUUGAAGCUCAAGGAUUCUCAGUCUUAUUCAGUGAUUCACAGUGAUUAGCAGUGAUUUGAAAAUAUAUACCACGAUCUGCAGUGAUUUACAAAAUUAUAGUAAUUUACAAGGGCUACUAUUAUUUUUAAAUUAUUCACAUUAAUUUAUAAUGGUAACAUAUUUACAAUACGUUUUGUCUCUUCCAGUGAUUCUCAGUGAUCAAAAGAGAGUCACUUGUCUCUAAGUCUAACUCACAAGCACCUACAAUGGCUCACAAGCAGCUACAGUGACUCACAAGCACCCACCAUGACUUGAGAGCACCUACGGUAAUUGACAAAUACCUACGGUGACUCAAAGUACCAAAAGUGAGGUGCACAAGUACCUAAAGUGAACCUCAAGUGAAUGCAUCCUUCAUAGUAUAUAGACACUGCUAUAUUAGAAAGAAAUAAGCAAAGUGUUGCUGUUGCUUUCUUGAUUAAUCAAGGUACAGAGUGAUCACCAAUACGCUACAAACACCUGUAGUAGUAACAACAACAAUUCUGAAAUGUCCUCGAUGUGUCUACACAAUGAUGCCCAUUAACGUGAUGUUCUCAGCAUAAGGCCAUUAGCACACCCCCUAACUGUUCUCUACUGUACAUGAUGUACAAUGACAAACUAGACUCAUAUAUCCUAGCAAUUAAUACAUUUUUCCAUUGAUCUGUGGACUCUCACAAGACCCACAACGACAACCAUGCAUGGCCCCCAAACAGCUUUAUAUAUUAAAGAUAAGCGAUAUAGAUUAACCUAGAUCUAGCUAAGCUGCCUGGGUGUGGGCAGAUCUCACCUCACCGUAUAGAGCCAAAGAUGUAUUCUAAUGCCUCUCGCCUAACUGCUCUAUCCACCUGUAAAUACAAAGCAUUAAGGCGGAAUCAAACGACUUAGUUUUAAGAAUUAUCUUAGCCUGUUCCGACCUUAACAAUUUCUGUCUUGCGAGUUGUAAUGAGUGAAUUGAUUAGGACGUAAACAAGUGUUAAGGCAAAUGGAUUAUGAUGCGAGUCGAAAUGUGGAUGAUUUAUAUCAGAACUGAUAAUUACGUGGAUUAUGUAUGUUAGGGCCGAGUUACAUGUAAUGGGAUGUUUUCUCUCUUACUGGCAUGUCCGGUUAUUAAGUUUUGAUUGUGAGAUUUCCUUACAUUGUUCACCGCUAUUGAAAUACUUUUAUGUAUAAUUUGAACGCAAUACCAAGCAUGUUAAUAAUUUGAACGCUGUAAUAAACAUGUAAGUAAUCUGUCAGUUUGAACGCUGUAAUAACCAUAUCAAUAAUUUGAACACUGUACCAGUCAUAUCAAUAAUUUAAACACUGUACCAGUCAUGUCAAUAAUUUAAACAAUAUACCAAUCAUGUCAAUUUAAACAAUGUACCAAUCAUGUCAAUUUAAACAAUGUACCAAUCAUGUCAAUUUAAACAAUGUACCAAUCAUGUCAAUUUAAACAAUGUACCAAUCAUGUCAAUAAUUUAAACACUGUACCAGUCAUGUCAAUAAUCUCUACAUUUUAUGAAGCUUGUGAACAAUUUGAACGCUUUAUCUAAUUGUUGAUAAUUUUGAUACACAAACGUUUAAGUUAAAAAUAAUGGGCGGGUAAACUUGUGUAAAAAUUUUAAUAUCGUGAACUAAUAAAUUAUUGAACACGUUUUUAGGUACUGUGUGUGUGUGUGUGUGUGUGUGUGUGUGUGUGUGUGUGUGUGUGUGUGUGUGUGUGUGUGUGUGUGUGUGUGUGUGUGUGUGUGUGUGUGUGCGUGCGUGUGUGUGUGCGUGUGUAUAUCUACGUGUGUAUGCGCGCUUCUGCUUAUAUGUACUCACCUAUUUGUGGUUGCAGGGGUCGAGUCACAGCUCCUGGCCCCGCCUCUUCGCUGAUUGCUACUAGGUCCUCUCUCUCCCUGCCCCAUGAGCUCUAUCAUACCUCGCCUUAAAACUAUGUAUGGUUCCUGCCUCCACCACAUCAUGUAUGUAUCUGCGUGUGUGUAUGCGCGCUUCUGCUUAUAUGUGUAUAUAUCUGCGUGUAUGUACACAUUAUGUGUUUAUAUGUCAUUUUAAAUAUAAUGCUAAGCUGUCUAGCUCAGAUCCUGCCAAAGAUCUCCACCCAUCAUUGUUACAAUAGUUGUAUUUAUUUAAAACGUAAGCAGAGUGUGUGUGUGUGUGUGUGUGUGUGUGUGUGUGUGUGUGUGUGUGUGUGUGUGUGUGUGUGUGUGUGUGACAGCCUGUAAAGAGAGGGGGAGGUGUUGGUUGUACCGUAUUUUUUUUUUUUUUUAAGCAUUCAGGACCUUACAUGUAACAAGAGUAGAGUAGGCCAGCCCCACCAUGGAAGGGUACUGGACUCCCUUUAGCUCUCCCGAUCUCAGCUAUAAGUAGAUCUCGACUCAGACACCGCAUAAUCCACAGUGACUUCUACUCUUAUGCAUAAUUCACUAAUAAUACAACUCAGGUGUAUGGAAUGUUCAGCGUGGGUACACCUCAUUAACGUGUAAGACUGCAGUUGAUUACGUGAAAUUUAUGAACCGAGAUGAGACACUGUGUCAAUUCCUAUUUCCAUUACUGUUUCUACGACAAGCUCCACCUCACUAAUGGAGCAUGGUGUGUGUGUGUGUGUGUGUGUGUGUGUAUCUCCUGCUCGAGGUAUACGUACAUGAAAUAUCUAAGUAAUAUGUCAUUCCUUGUGUUUUCGUUAUUUCCUCCAUCAUGAACUCUUGGCUACAAGUAUGCAGGGUUCUC